CUAGUGGUCUGCUUUCCACAGACAUUCUUCUUUCUGGUGCACAUCACUGCCGUAUAUUCCCAUACAGGUGGUGAGAACAAGAACGGGUGGCCAACAUGUCCGAAAAAAAGAUAACAUCGAGUCGCCGGCACCACCUCAAGAGUGUGCUGCUGGGCAUCGCAAAGGAUCUCCUUGAGAAAGAAGCCGCUAAAGUCAUUACAGAUAAAGAGGCUUACAUGGCCGAGCACUGCCAUCCACUUUCCUUGCCCGGAUCUGCACAGGAACUGCAGGAUCUGUGCAAGAAACUGCACCAGGACAUCGACAGGAUUGAUGAGGAGAGAUAUGACUUGCAGGUCAAAGUGAAUAAGGCUGACAAAGAGAUUGAGGAUCUGAAGAUUAAGGUGAUCGACCUGAAGGGCAAGUUCAAGAAACCCACCCUGAGGAAAGUGCGUAUGUCCGCUGACCAGAUGCUCCAGGCUCUGCUCGGCUCCAAGCACAAAGUCUCGCUGGAUCUGAGAGCCAACCUGAAACAAGUCAAGAAGGAGGUCAAAGAAGAGCCUGCAGAUGUUGGUGACUGGCGUAAGAACAUUGAAGACAAAGCCGGCAUGGACGGCAGAAAGAAGAUGUUUGAGGGCGAGGCCUAAAUUUCCGGACAUUUCUUUGCUGGAUUAUCUUAGGAAUUCGUCGGAGCUGCGCAGACUUUCAUCCUUUUGCAAAAGUUUUUUGUUUUACUGCCUCAAACAAGCAUUUGUUUCUCACAUUGUAACUAUGUCUAUGUCCUGUAAUCGAAUGUACCAUUGCAGAGCCACUACCAUUAAAUGAAUGCUUUUGAGGAAAAA